GAGGAUCGAGGGGUUAUAUAAUCAAAAGCUGAAAAUCAAUAUACCAAUUUCUGAGUUGGCCAUUUAGUCAACAUGCGAUUGUGAUGAUGCAAGUGAACUAUAGAUCUUAUUUCUGGUUGUCCCAAAGCUGCUGCCAGAGUGAUCUGUGUUACGAAGUGCAGUGCGGUGUGGGCUCACAAGUUGCCAGCUAUAAAUUCUCUGUCAGCCCAUGAAAAACCAUAGUAACAUAUCCACUAAUAUUUCCUUUCAAUGGUUUCAUGUUGCUCUUCACUUGAAGUUCCUGACUAAUUACUGUGCUCAACACAUUGCACUGUGUUUCCUCACAUAUGUAAGGGGGUAAUUCAAUCUCUGCAGUAUUGCCUUCCAUUUAACCAGUACUAGUGAAAAAAGUCAUUUUGAAUACUUUCCCAUCUGUCGUGAAUGUCAAAGCUUUGGUUUUUUUUUUAAUUAAUCAACUUUAGCUAUUGAUAACUCUAAUUAGAUUUAAUGGAACAGAAUUAUUUUCAAUUGCUAGCUUCCUUGAAACAAGUAUAAAACAUUUGUCACCAUGACCAUGCAGUUACAGGUUAACUUUUUGAAGUAUUUGCAUGAGCUUAAACAGUUUCAUGUUCAUUGUGAAAUAUUAUCAUGUAAAAGUAAUUAGGAUCGACUACCAGGCUAUACAGAAUUCAAGGUUCCAUGUGAUAAAAUGUGCUGAUACAGACAUUGCUGAUCAAAUAAACACCAAAGAUCUUGGAAAAAUCCUUCAAAGUUUAAUUCAAGAUGACAUGACUUUGAAAUCCUGUACAGAUUGUUUGAUAUCUUCUCCUGAUAUUUCAUUACCAGGGAUCUCCAAGCUGAAGGUUUCUGUGUUCUUGUUUGACCAUGGGUGCAGAAGAAAGUAAGGGAGGCAGCUGUGGGCUAAUGGGAGCCACUGCGGUAGAGUCCAACAUGAACAAGCAGGCCACCGCAGCAAGGCCCUGGUCACUCCUACAUAUGUGUUCACUAGACCAGUGGAAAAAUGGACACGCAGAGGCGGCAGGAUUCAGCGAAACAUCUAUGACGUGCGGCGGAGUUGUUUUCAAGGACUGCAGUCCUACGUUUUGUAUGAACAGACAGGGCAUCAUCAAUAUCAACAAAUCAAGCUCCGUUUUCAGCUUCCGCCGCAAAAACAAGUUCACAAAGAUGGCAGAACAUUUUGAAUACAAUCAUAUCCCCGCGCAGCUGUCGUCAAUUCAGAACUUUCACGUUAAAAGCGUUUUGUGUUACCAUGAACAAACUGUUAUUUUGCAUCUGGUGCGAAAUAUGAUGACGCAGUUUGGCAUUAUAAAUUUGAGUGAUAACAAAUUCCUUGGCGUAUUUGGGAAACAGACAGUCGAAUUUGUAAAUGAAGCAUUAAGAGGGCAGAUCAGUCCAGAUGGGAGCUAUUGCAUAUUAAAAAUUCCAAACAUCAGAAAUGACAACAUUAGCACUUAUGUGUACCAGAUGUAUGACACGAAAACACGAGAGUUGAUCCGAGAAGUAGUCCUUUCGUUUCACCACAGUCUGUUUGCUUUCGAUCCCCGGUUCAGUUCAUCGCGCAUUGCAGCGACCAGCUUUCAGAAAGGCGAGGACAACAGUCUCAGUUUGGUCCAAACAUCAAACUGGGAGGUUCUUGCCACUAACCCAAGACUGGAUGACACUAGAUGGACUCUUCAUCCUACACUGAAGGAUUUAUUUUAUUCGAAAGAUGGCAAUCUGAUUUUCGCAGUCAUGGUUACCGAUGGUUGCCAUUGCAGAGAAAGAAAAGCUCGACGAUAUCCUCCGAUUGACAUUAGUGUGUACAUAUUUAAUUCGGACAAUGCGCAGACUUUGCGAUGCGUACAAUAUAGUCGUUACACGUGCGGAACUCAUUCCUGUCCUGUCAACUACCUUCCAAUUUUCUCAAAUUGUGGAAGUCGCAUGGCUAUUGUCUUGAAUGAGGCCGAUUCUGUCAUAGAUCACUUGCAGAUUUACAAACUACCGACAAUGGGCUCCCUGCAAAACAGGUGUCGUGUCAGGAUUGCGCAAGUUUUCCCCCCGGACAUGAUACCAAAGUUGCCCCUACCAGCGAGACUUAUUCACUACUUGCAAUACCAUCCAGAAUAUGCAUGAAAUAAUCAAGGACCUAGCUGUAAACCUGUACACUGCAUGCCGAUUUUGUGUACUUUCUAAUCAAGGAAAUUCGGAAUUCUAAAAAAUGGUCAUCUAUUUUCCUGUGGUCGUUGUUAUCAGCUGAUGUUUGGAAUGGUCAAUUAUUUUUAUUUUUUUUUUUGUACGUGAAGACCUGUCAACUGUUUACUCUGUGAUAUGCACAUUUUUCGUUGUACACGUUCCAUAUAGCGAUAUUUAAUAUUAAGGGGAUUUUAAGAACAUGUUUCAGGAUAUCCCCCCCCCCCCCCCCCACCCCCCAUAUGAGUUUACUUACAUUUCUAGUCAGAUUGAAUUAUUCAUUUGUUACAGUAUAUGUCCACUCCGUGUGUUUUUUGAUAUCCCAUGUACUAGUGCUAGUCUGUUGGUGUUAAGUUUAUUAGUGCUGUAAGUCACUUUAAUAUAUUUCGCAAGAUUUAAUAUGUUCAGUUUGUAUUGUGAGAUUUAUCAGCGAAGCAUUUUUUCGCGAGUGUAAAAAAUAUAAUUCAUUAGAAUCUGCUUUUCGUGAUGGAUGACGAAGCGAAAAUAAUGUUCUCGCAUGCAAAUUAUUGUUUACAGUACAUAAUUUCUGUAUUGCUGGAAGUGCCCUGAUAAUGGUGCAUCUUUAGUGUAUGCAUUUCUGAUGAUCUACUAUUACUUGUUGUGAUACAACUAAGAUUUUAAGGUGAUAGCAUUUACAAUUUGUUCCUCACUGUCCUAGACAUUUUUUGGUAUUUUCAAGAUAUGUAAUCUUGAUGUAGAUUGGCGUGUGUACACUGGUAGCGGAGUGGAGGGGUUGUAGUGGUGUGUACGUGCGUGUUCGAUGUUGCGUUUAUAGAUAUGUCCAGUUGCUAGAUGCUCCGCUCUGCCAUGCUUUUGUUGUAUGUAGUAAUAAGUUGUUGAGAUGCUUUAAGAAGCAUAUUGUUAUAAUUAGAAGCAUGUUUUUGACGCUGUUUUACACCAUCGACCAAUUCAAUUUAUAUCCCCUGUGAAAUGACAAGAUUUUGCUUUAGUAGAUCAAACCAGGGACCAUCUUAUCAACCAAAUAUUCUGAUGACUUUCCAGUGAAUAUAAGAAGUUGUAGAUGCCUGUGCUAUAUUUUGGCGGGAAUCAACAGUCAAUAGGAUACAUCCUCUCAUUGUCUCAAUCCUGGACUUUCAAGAUUGCUUUGUGAUUUGGAUUCAUAGGAACUGUCAGUGCCGGUGUUUAUAUGUGUGAAUUCUGGAUCCGCCAAUAGUUGUGUUCAUUGUCUAAACGCUUUACUGUCAAGGUCCACCCCCACCACCAGCCAUCUUCACCACACCUAAAAUGAUGAUAUUCUGUGUUAGUGAUGUUAGCUGUGUCUCCGGCAGUCCAAAAUUAGUGAUAGUUUACAUGCUGGGAAAAUAAAUUCAUGAAAACAUUAGGCGAGGGAGGAGAGAGUGCAAGGUGGUUUUUCAAAACAGGACAUCUCCCCGAACAAUAUACUUGUUACUUCGUCAAUCAUCGCCUCCCCGUACACGAUACCUGUCACAUCGUCAGUCAUCACCUCCCCGUACAACAUACCUCUACUCUCGUGGUGGAUUCAUAUCAUCUGUCCUUGAUUAGAUGUAGAUAGCAACCACUGUAUUUUCAACUUACUCCUGGUUUCAUCCUACAACAUACGGGUGUUCUUAUCUAGUCGGACUAAUGCAAUCGUCAAAAUCAAAGGGUUUUCUAGUAUUAUUGAAUGACCAGGAUAUUGUGUUAGUAAAAUGAACGAUAAAAGAACACUGUAAACAUUGAAAUUUACGUCUGGUGCUAAUUACGCGAUAUUAUAUAUAUAUAUAUAUAUAUAUAUAUAUAAUAUCGCGUGGUACAUAUAUGUAUAUAAAUAAAAGUUUAUAUAUAAUAUAUAUAUAUAUAUAUAUAUAUGUUUUUUUGCAAGAACUAUGCUUUCGCAUUCUGGUUGUAAAGAACCCUUCAGGCGGAAAUUUUAAUCUUUACAGUGUAAUUAGAAUUCAUAUAAUGUAUAUGGUAUACGGAAAACUUUUGUUAAUCUUUAUUGUAAUUUUAACAUUACCUCUAUCCGAGUACUGUGUGCUUUAGUUGCUAAUAACUAUACUAACUUUUAGUUACAAUCUUGCUUUUUAAUUCCUUUUAUAGAGAUGAAGAAUGUAGUCUCAAACCCUAUGCCUGUAAGCAUUAUAACACCCACAUGUAUUCAAAUGUUUUACCCCAUUGUCAAACUUUUUGUAACAGUUUCAUGGGAUUUCCCCCUUUUUUUCAGAAACUUUGCAUAAACUCACAAGUAUUCAUAGUAGUUUUUAGCGAGACUAAAUUUAUUUCAUGAAAUAUCUAAUGUGUAUUCAGAAAUAUGCCGGAUCUGAGUAUCUUAGCCUUGACAAUUUAACAUUGUGGUUGUUAUCUAAACCUAAAUACUAAUACUUAUUUUUCUUUCACUCGGCAGUAUAUAAUGAUGAUAAAAACAAAAAGCAGCAGGCCUCGUCAUCGUCAUUAGCUAUACCUCAAACGGAAUGAUAUUUGAGAAUCAAGAGUAUAUUUUCUAAAACAUAGAGAAGGUAUUUUUGUAUAACGAAAAGAUCACAAGUAGUUGUUGAAAUUUUUUUGUGCAUGUUUGAUAGAUUGUACAGAAUCUGAUUACUGGGGGUAUUUUAUAAUAUACAAAAAAGUUUCGAAAGAAUCAUGCUGAAAUUUACGAAAAAAUAAGUCAUCAUAAUUUAAAGGAGAGGAUGGGGAUCGCAGAUGUUUGGUAAACUUGAAAUUCCUUGAGAUGAAAAUGUUCCGAAUCGUGAAAUUCUACUAGUAUAUGUUUCCCCCAAGGAAAUUAUUUUAUUUGCUAGUACUUCAAAUUAUACCACGUUUUACGGCAUCGUUCACCAAAAAAAGAAAAUGCCCUCAUUAUUAGCUGUAACAUUUGUUUCAAAAUUUGGUAAAACUAAUCCGAUAGCUCACGGAAUAUCACUUACAUUUUGGGCCCAAGUAAGCUCGCAGUAGAUUUUUCUACCUAUCCAGUCCAAGCUUAAAGUGAUCCUUGUUAUGAUAGUUUGAAAAGAAUUAAACAAUAUUUUGAUUUUCUUCUGUAUCUGUAAAUGCUGAUAUUAAAGAGGUGUUUAAAGACUCUUCAAACUGCAUAUCAAUGUAUUUACAUUUCAGAGUUUUGUCAUUGAUAUAUCUUCUAACUGUACAGGUAAUGAUAGACAUUUCCUCAUGAAUGCAUUGCAGUUGUAAACAUUGCGUGUAUGAAUACAGAUGAAAUAUAGUGUAUCGGUUUUAACGGUUGGGAAUUCCGACAGAAAUUAAAGUAUUGUAUAAGAAACCAAUUCCAGUUUUGAAAAUACCUUGUACACGAUGGAUUCUCGACGGCAUUUUAUGAAGGGCCUCUUUGAGGUAUACCGACCUGAAACGUCACGGUUCAUACCUUCAUGUAUUUUCAAUCUUAAAUUAAGUUUGUCAAAUGUCAAUCUAUUUAGAACACGUUCUAGUGAACCUUUGCCCCUUCCUUUCUAAUUUUGUAAGCAGUAGAUUAAAAUCAAAUAUUCAAUUUACGUCUGUUGCAUUGUUUUCUGCAUUAUUGCAUUAAUUCUCCUGGAGCUAUAUGCGACGCGGGAGUUAUCGCCCGUACAUUAGUUUCAUGUAUAUUACGAAUUAUUGGUAAAAUUUUGACACAUCUUUUUUUUUAAUCUGGGAUAAUUAACAUAUCUCUGUUAUGAUAUGCCCACAGUCUGUAAGAGCUGUUUUUCCACAAAUGUCACAAAGACUUGCAUAUUCUACAUUCGAAAUAUUUUGUAUUUCUUUAAAUUUGCCAGGAUGAUUUUUUGUUGUUGAGAUAGGCACACUCUACUUGUGUUAGAUGAUUAUGAUUUGCAGAUUUUGUUUGAUUGUUUCAUGCAAUUUUCUACCGUGUGUUUGGUCGUAACUUGCCGAUGUCGUUAAGCAAUGGCCUUUGUUUUCUUGUUGCUUGUUAAUCUCAAUAAAGGAGAUGAUUGUAAACUCAA